UGACAAUACUUGGAAAGGUUAACAAGGAAUAAUUCUUGUUCAUUUCAUGUGAUGAACUCUAAUCAAAAGGCAACUUGGAAGCCCCUUAUUCCAACAUUCAAAUCUCUUCUAUACAUUCUAUCAAAUAAACUCAGAGAGACAUCCAAACAUUAAUUGGUCCCCUUCAAUCUAAAACCAAAUCACACACUAUAUUGACUUUAGCAAUUAAAUGGAAGCCAAGCAUGCACAUAAUCGGACUUAUGAGGAUUUUGAUCCCGUGUUUAAGUGGCGUAGAGAAGAGACCCGUGACACCAUUGAGCUUUAUCUUCCAGCGUUUAAGAGAGAGCAAGUACGAAUCAAGAUCAAUCAUGUUGGUCUUUUGGUAAUAAGUGGGGAGCAUCAUUUGAGUGGAACUAGAUGGAGACGUUUCAAGAAAGAAUUUGAAAUACCAAAAUACUGUAAUGAAGAUGCAGUUCAUGGCAAUUUCAUGCAGAACAUUCUUUCUGUGGUACUGCCAAAGAAAAUUCCACUAAUUCCUCAAGAGGAUCAUGAAACACCAAUCCCCGAAUUUGAACACGAGAAAGAGGAGGAGGAGGAGAAGGAGAAGGAGAAAGAGGCAUAUCAGAAAAUGGGACAUGGAGCCAGAGAAGUAGUAGCAGAAGAAACAGCUCGCUCAAUAGACAACCAGUUAGCAGAAAAUGAUGUGGGGUUAACACUUGAAACUACUAGAGAGGUUGCCUUCAAAUUCAUGGUUGUGAUCAUUGUUAUUUUGCUUAUUGUGAGCUACCUAGCAGACAUGAGCAAACGCAUCAUGGCUCAAGCUCAAUCAUAUUUACAGAAUUAAUUGAGGCUCUGGUUUAAGGUGGUUCUGUAAAUUUUAAUACUGGGAACAAAAAUUCAAAUCUAUCAUGUUAUUAUAUUUCUUCCACAAAAGUUUCGCAAAAUAAUCAGGUACGAGAUUCUGUUAUGUUCCAA